CUUCCCUCUCACUCGUCCUACUAUCACCAACAUAUCUCAAUCCAAUUCAAUAAUUUUACACACGCACGCAUAUAUAGCAAUCAAGAAUCCAAACAAAGCUCUAAAAAUCAAGAAAUGGAAGGAGCAUCAACAGAUAUUUUGGUCCUCCCCUUUUUCGGACAAGGCCAUCUCUUCCCCUGCUCCGAGCUCUGCAAACGCCUCUCCUCACACAACCGCAAAUCAAUCCUCAUCAUCCCCUCCCAUCUCUCCUCCUCCAUCCCCUCCGAUCUCCACCGCCACCCUUCCGUCCAUGUCUUCCAAAUCCCACCAUUACCACUCGAUACCGCUUCCGAUUCCCUCGGCCCCGGCAUCGAAUCCUUCCUCUCCACAACCUACCACAAUGCUCGGCCCGCUUUCGUCGUCAUCGACGUCUUGAUGAGCUGGACCAAGCCCAUUUUCAAGAAAUUCAACAUCCCCAUCGUCUCCUUCUUCACCUCCGGCGCCUGCGCCACCAUCAUGGAGUUCGCCGCAUCCAAGGCCGAAGCCGACGGCCCGGCCCGAACACUUCCCGGACUUCCCGAUUCCAUCGCCAUGAGCGAUAUGGAUGUCAAAAGACAGAAUCGCCGGAGAAAAGAUCGGGCCGGCGGCAGGCCCAGGGGCCUGAUUCUCGGCCCGAACAUGGGCCCGCCCAGGUCGGGCCCGCUCGGGCGGUGGAUGGAUCAGACUGAGGACUCAGUGGCCCUGAUCACCAACACUUGUGAUGGUCUUGAAGCUCCGUUUCUCGAGUAUCUCUCGGGCCAGGCCGGAAAGCCCGUAUUCGGAGUCGGGCCGCUGCUGUCGGACUCGUUCUGGAGAUCGAUCGGGUCGGUUGUGCGCGACGGGGACAGCAGGCCGGGCCGGGAAACGAACUACACGGAAGACGAGGUGAUCCAGUGGCUGGACUCGAAGCCACGUGGCUCGGUCAUCUACGUGUCGUUCGGCAGCGAGGUGGGCCCGUCCGUGGCCGAGUACAACGAGCUGGCGGAGGCGCUGGCGGAGACGGACAAAUCGUUUAUUUGGGUGAUCCAGCCCGGGGCCGGAAAGCCCGGCCCGCCCGCCAACAUGUUUGGCGGGAAAGCCGCCUCGGCCCCGGACUCGGAAGAGGAGGAGGGAGGGUACGAGCCACGUGGCUUGGAGGAAACGGUUGGGGAUAGAGGGCUCAUAAUAAAGGGAUGGGCCCCGCAGCUGUCGAUACUGAGCCAUCCCUCGACGGGAGGGUUUUUGUCGCACUGUGGGUGGAACUCGACCGUGGAGGCCAUAUGCUGCGGCGUCCCGAUCUUGGGAUGGCCGAUUAGGGGAGACCAGUUUUAUGGUGCGAAUUUGGUGGCUAAGUAUUUGAAUGUUGGAUCGAAGGUUGAGAUUAGUGACGAGGAAUCGAUAAUGGUGAAGAAGAUUGAUGUGCUUAGAGGGAUUAAGGCAGUGAUGGAUGUAAUGAUCAAUAUGAAAGCAAAGUUUCUCUGA